AUGAGGUGGAUUCCUCUAGAGUCAAAUCCCGAUGUUAUGAACAAUUUUAUUCGUGAGUUGGGUGUCAAAGAACCCAUGCGUUUUGUGGAUGUAUUCGGUACAGACCCGGAUAUGCAGGCUCUUGUUCCAGGCCCCAUCUUAUCGCUAUUGCUACUCUAUCCCCUUACUGAAAAUGCAAAAAAGAAUUUGAUUGGAAUUAUUUCAAUGGACGAAAAAUGCUUUUUUAUGAAACAAACUAUAUCUAAUGCUUGUGGAACGGUUGCAAUUCUUCAUGCACUUGCAAACAAUGCGAGUGCGUUGGAUUUGAAUUCCCUUCCAUGGCUACGAAAAUUCCUGGAGAAGGCACAUAACAGCACUCCUAAGGAGCGCGCAGAAAUCUUAGAGAAUGAAGAGGAACUAAGCCAAGUUCAUGAAAAUUGUGCGCACCAAGGUCAAACAGAGGCUCCCGACCCGAGCUCUCAAAUCGAUUUGCACUUUAUCGCGUUUGUGAAUUCUAAUGGUCAUCUCAUUGAACUUGGCAAGUCUUAUGGACGUCGCGAAGGCCCAGUGUUACAUGGGAAAACUUCUCCUGAUACAUUCCUUGCCGACGCUUGCAAAGUUGUAGACCAAUUCAUGCAGCGGGAUCCAGAUAACGUCAAUUUCAGCCUCAUGGCUUUAACCAAUGCUGAUGCCUAA